ACGCUCAUCGUCGUACUCACACGCUUACGCAUUAGCGUUACACACUUGCAACACGGAAAUUUAAUUUUUUUUGUUUUCGCGUUUAUGAACUUUUACACUCGUUUGUUAUCGUGUGCGUUUGUUCGUUUUUAAUUAAUUGUAUUAUUAUUAUUGUUCUUCUUAGCAGGUACGUCAUAAUAUCAUACACCAUCAUCACCGUAUUGUAUUUUGCUUUACAAAACAAAUUGUCCAUUUUUCUUUUUCAGUUGUAAGUUUUGUUUUACCCAUUGUCCUAUUACACCAAUACAUCUUGUAGUGUGCGAUUUACAAGUUCGCUUUUUAUAUUAUUAAACGCCACUUGGCUCUUCUGCUUGUGCCGCGUUCAAUAAGUGUGCUUGUGUGUUAUCAUGUGAAAAUCCAUUGUGGCUUUCAUUCGACUUAAUACACUAUACCUAGGUUCUUGACUUCUACUUUAUUAGGUAUUUUCUAUAUACCUGUAUAAAAACCGCUUUCAUACCUCUGAUUUUCCGAAAAUGUCAACCGAAUAUCAAUCACAUAUGUCAUACCUAGUAGUUUAAUCACACAACACUUUUCUAUGUUAGAUGACCGCUGUUGAACAAAGUAUGGUGUUCCAAACUGCGAACUGAAUCUCAACUAUUUGCAAGAAAUGUAUAUUCGUGCAAUAUUUUUAUAUAUGAUAUUCUAGUCAUUAUAUUAAUGGAUACUAUGGCAUCCGGAACUAUAAUGCAGAAGCACGCGCCUGCUUAUGCACUCAUGAAACGUGGUAAACGUGGUGCUGCAGAACUCAUUGCCAAAAAUUGUAAUGUACUUGAUGCUGCUACAUCUACUCAACGUGAAGACGAUAUUGCCAAUCCUCCAGGUCUUAAACGUUGCGACCUACUAGAUAACCUAUUGGACAUACUGCUCAACCCAUACGAGGCGAUUAGUGAUUGGAAUAAUAUAGAUUGGUUACGUUGGCUCAUGGCUGGUGGUAAAACAAUAGAUGAAUUUAAUACUGCUGGUAAGCUUAUAGUUUAUAAAUUAUUUAUUAUAUCAUUUUUAACUACCUACCUUCUCGAACACAUAUCUUUUUCCUCUGUUUGACAGUCCAUUGAUUGCCAUUGCUGCCAUUAUGAAAUGUCUCCAUUUCUACAUCAUAUGCAUCGCCAAAAGUUGAAUAUUUUUUUUAUCUUUUUGAAGUCUUGGACUAUAACAUCCAUCUAUUGAGUCCUUGGUUUUCCUAAUGAAUGCUAUUUGUUUAUUGUAUUAAAAGAAACUUUUUUCACUACUUGUCUAUUCACUCUCCAAACAUGACCAAAUCAUUUCAGCUAUCUGUUUCUUAUAUAUGGUAUAAUAUUAUGAACAUAUUAUUUAUAAAAAAAAAACACAUUUUAUAGUUAAAGAUUAUGACUACGGUACUUGUUGUGGACUCGUUUGGACUGCCAAUUACGUAGCAUACAGAUGUCGCACUUGCAGUAUUUCGCCUUGUAUGUCCCUGUGUGGAGAAUGUUUCAAGCGUGGUGAUCACACUGGGCAUGAUUUCAAUAUGUUUCGUUCUCAAGCCGGUGGUGCUUGCGAUUGUGGUGAUACAAGUGUCAUGAAGCCUGAAGGGUAUUAUAUAUUUUGAUAUAUUAUGAUCUAUAAAUUUAUUUUUAACAUGAAAUAUAUAAUAAUUAAGAAUAUAAAGUUACAUCUAAUAUUAUGUAUUUAAAAUAGUUGAUAGUGUAGUGUUUCAAAGAAAAUAUUAAAUUUUUACCUUUUUUGUUUUAGCUAACCUAGAAAUAUCAAAAUAAUUUUAAUGACAUUAACUGGUAUUCCAAUUUUUACAAAAUACAGUUAAAUUAAAAAUAAUAACAAUAUGCCUAGGUAUCUUGUUUUAGAUUAUAUUAUUAUCAAUUUUGAAAAUCCCAUUUCCUCUGAUGAUUUCAUAGAUCUCCUACCUUAUUGUAUUAUUUUAUAUAUUAAUGCAAUAUUAAUGUUAUUUAAUAUAAAGUUUAAAACUAUAAUAAUUAAUGAAAUGAAGAAAUAUUUGGAUUGGGCUCAGAUAUAAAAAAAAUUGUUUAUAUCUAUCUAUUUUGCCAUGUUAUAAUAUAUUAUCUUUAACAAUGAUGACUAUAAUUUUAAAUUGUAUUUAUUUAUUAAUUUUAUUUACUAUUAUAAUUUCAUUUUAGGUUCUGUCGUAAACAUAGUACAAAUAAUAUUGAUGGUAGUACUAGUAGCAAUAAUACUGUUACUAGUAAAAAACCACCUGCUGAUUUACUAAGAGUAGCUGAGAGAAUUAUACCAAGACUUUUGUUACGAAUGGUGCAUUAUUUACGUGAAAACAGGUAAUUUGUGUAUAAUAUUCCCUAUACCUGUUUAAUUAAUAAUACACUUUUUUUUUAGUCACAAUGCUGAUAUUAAAUCACCAAAUCAACAACUCCUACCAGUAAUUGUUGGAGGAAUUCCUGCAAUGGUGAGCCAGGCAUCACCAAGUUUAUCGCUCAAGGAAUUAGAUUCAUUUUUAGGAAUGCUUCAUGAUCUUAGUGCACUGGGAGCAGCAAUGAGACGUGUAAUGACGGUGUCUCUUACCAAUGAAAAAGUACAUUUUAAAAUUUCUAAUAAUUUUGUAAGAAUCUAAUAAAUAUCUUCUUUUUUUUUUUUAAUGUAGAUUUACCAAUGGGCAUGUGAUUACUACAAUAGUAACGAUCCUCCUCCUAAUCCAGACGUAGUAACACCAACAAAUAUAUAUACUAUUUAUACAAAUAAAGUACGUCGUUAUUAUGCUGAAGCUGUAUUUCAGUAUACUUCUUCAAUGUCAACCAGUCGUCAACGAAGUCUAAGUAAUUCUGAAGAUGAUGAAGAUGAUGAUGAUGAUGAAGAAGGUAAAUUAUGUUAAUAAUAUAGUUAUUUCAGGAAUUGUGUUGAAGAAAAUUAUAGUCGUUUUUGUAUUUAUUUAUUAAUAGCUUAAUUGUCUUCUGACUUCUAUCCAUUUAUCUAUACACAUACAAAUUUAUCUUGAUUUUGGAAACUCAUAACCAUGGUAACACAAAUAUUAAAUGUAAAUAAAUAGUACCAAAGUAUGCCUUUUUUAAAUUCAGGAGAUCCUUUUUCAUUAAAUUUUUCAUAAUUCCUGUUACAGUUAUCUAAUUUGGAAACUAAAUUAAAAAAAACACAUUGACAGGGCUGCAUGUCCCUAACAAGGAAAAUAUGUAUUGUAAUAUUUAAGCUGCGUCCAUUUUUUCGUGUACUAUUCAGAGUUGCAUCUCCAAGAAUAAUUGUUUUUCUAUAUCAGUGACUCCCAUAUGGGCUUUACAGCUCCCUUGUAGGCUUUUUUAAUUAAGGGGGAAUUUAAUUUUGUUAAUUUUAAAUAAUUUACUUCAAUUACGAUGUGUGUGUAUAUUAUAAUGUAAAUUUUAUUCUCUAUUGUGUCAUGCAGUUAUAUCUACUGUUAAUAAGGAUCCCACCUUUAAUUACCCUUAAACUAUUCAAUCUAGUCUAACUGUUAUUAUAUAUUAAUCAAAUUUACUGAUUUAUUUCAAUUUUGAUGAACUUUUACAUACUUAAAAACAAUCUCGACCCCUAAAAGGUGACUACAACAUAAAUUAAAUUUUAGAUUCUAUACUAUGUGAGAAAUUUUGUCCAUGUUUUAUUAUUUUUAAUUGUGUGUAAAUAAUUACAUCAGACAUUUUGCUCCCAUAUAUUUAAGAAUUAAUACAAUUUUUGUAUUUAAUUGGUGUUUUCAAAAGUUUAUUUUUUAAUAAAGUUUUCUUAAUAAAUAGGAAAAACUGACAAUUGUUUGUAUACAUUUUUGAUUUAUAGGUUACCUUGGUAACAAGGAAUAAAUACAACUCAUUAAUAUUCUGCUUAAAAUCAAUAUAAGAAUUGUAUAUUGGUGUGUAAAUUAAAUUACUUUAUAUAUCCUCCAUUUCAACUUUCUUCCAAAAACAGUAGCACACCUAUCAUGUCUUUCUUUUCCCUCUCUUAAAGACCUAUAAUAUAUUAUGUUAUAUUAAUUUAGUCUAUGUAAAUAAUAUUAAAAUCUACACUAAUAUAUAAUUUUAAUAUUCACAUUCAAUUAUUUAAAAAUGAUAAUAUGUGUAUAGCUUUCAGGUGAGCCUUUAAUAAUACUUACAGCUAUUCAUGAAAACAUAUGUAGGGUUUUUAGGUUGCCUCGAAAUGUGCUGUUUUUUUACAGUACAUUUUUUAGUUGUAGAGGUAUACAACUGUGUACUUACACUGUGUGCUUUUGUCCUGCACCAUGCUAUGACUCAAAUGAUGCUUUAUUACUCUACCCCUAUACUCUAUUUAUUUAUGGAAUUUUAAAUAUUUUUGAUUAUAAAAUUUGGUUCAUCCCCAAAUAUUAGGACAAUGUAAUAUUUUAAAAUAUAUGAUAGUUUUUUUUACAAGUCAUUUUUUUAAAAAUUUAUUUUUCAUGGACAAAAUUUGACUGUAUUAUGAAAUUUGAAUGAACCUUUAUUAGAUUUUUCAGUGUUUCAUGAGAUAUGGUAUUUAUUGAUUACACAGUAAAUUACUUAAGGAGUGGUGAUCUAAUAGCAAUAGUAGUAGUGAUAGUAAUGCAUAUCAUAUUUUUAAAUUUAUUCACCUAAAUGUUCUAAUAAUACUAUUUUGAUUUAAUUAAUAUAUUAUAUGGAAUUAAUUUAGCUUUAGUGUUAUUUUUAUUUACUAGUUUAUAUUUAAAUUUUUUUUAGAUUUGCCUAUUGGUGUUCAGAAUAGAAUUAGCUAUAAAAAGAAAUUGGACCAUUCUACAUUUUUGCAAGAGAUUGUAUUUUGGACCGUAAGAUAUGAGUUUCCUCAAAAGAUUGUUUGUUUGCUGUUGCAUAUGUUACCUGAUGCAACAUACAAGGAAGCAUUGACUGAAGCAUUUGUUAUGCAUUAUGGAUGUGUGGCCCAUGUGUUGGCUACAACUCGAGACUCGGACACCCUUUCUAACCACAUAGUUCACAUAAGCGUUCAAUUGUUUAGUAAUGAAGCUUUAGCUACACGGAUGGUAGAUAAGUUGGGUUUGCUUCAUAUAAUGGUAACCAGUUUACGGCGUAUGAUGAACAAAAUAUUGAUACCUUCUACACUUCAUGGUAUUUAUUUAAUUUUGUGUAGUUUUAUAAAGAAGAAUGGUUAUAUUUACUAACUAAAGUUAUUUAUUUUCCUGUUCCUUUAUUUAUAUUUUUAUUAACUAUAUGUAUAAAAAAAAAACCAUUCAUAAAAUUAUAUCUAUUAUAUAAUUUAUUAUUAUAGAUCCAACAAAAAACAAACAUAGAGUUGUAGAUUGUUCAAAAGCUGUAAUGAAAGAACACUGUUAUUGGCCAUUAGUGAGCGAUUUAAAUAAUGUAUUAUCUCAUAGACCAAUCGCUGUUAAGUUCAUGCAGGAUAUUCAUUUGUUAGAUUCAUGGUUUUCUUAUUUGUCUAUGUUUCAAGGUGCGUUAAGUUACUUUUAUUUUAUUGAAUCAAAUAUUUUUAAAUUAACUAUUUAUAUUACUCUAUAAAAAUAAACCUCUAUAAUUUAUUAAAUCUAUAUUUAGGAAUGAAUGUAAAUUGUCAAGAGUUGGGAGGUCAUGUUGAAUUUGAGCCUAAUACUUAUUAUGCAGCUUUUAGUGCUGAACUUGAAGCCAGUGCAUACCCCAUGUGGGCUAUGCUGUCACAUCUUACAUCUUCUGAAACUUGGCCACUUGCAUCACAUGUAUUACGCUCUUGUCUUCGACGUCUUCUUAAAUGGCUUACUGAUGUGGGCUAUUAUAAUAAUCAGCUCUGCCAUGGAGCUGUUGGUUCUGCUGCCACAUCUGCUGAAUAUAACAUAAAUCUUACUAACACUGCCAGCAUUCAGAAAUUAGAUGAUCGGCAUCAAUUUACUUUUCAUUUACCUUUGCACCGAUAUUUGGCUGUAUUUUUAUGCCAAGCAGUGCGUGCUCAAGGUGCGCGCAUCGAAGAUGUUAUACCGUGUAGCAACACAGGUGAUACAAGUAGCAGAGAUACAUUAUUAUUAGCUAUUGCUGCACAUCCUGUUCGUGCACAAGCUGCUUUUUAUGAGAUUAUGCAAGGUGCAUGGGUACGGAACGGUUUACAGAUAAAAGGCCAAGCAAUGACUUAUAUCCAAUCAAAUUUUUGUAUAUCCAUGGUAGAUGCCGAUAUAUAUUUACUCCAACUCUGUUUGUCUGAAUUAUCAGACCCUAACAUAUUGAUGUCUUUAAUAUUUGAAAAGUAAUUAUUGUUCACUAUUACAUUAUUCAUUUUUGAAUUAAUCAAUUACAUUUCAAGAUUUGAUAUUUAAAAUUUAUAAAUAACUUACAAAUUGUAUAUUUUUUUUAUUGCAGGUUUAAAGUGUAUGACUGGACAAAUGCAAAAAUGCAUGGUGGCUUACCCCAAGUCAUGGCAUCCCCAGAAUUUGAUGUAGGUUCUUGUAUGGAGAGUUUAUUUGUAUUUCUAUCCACUUUAAUAGGUGUUCGAACAAAUUUAUGUGAGUAUUCAUUUAUAUAAAUACACAUAAUAACUAUUAAUUUAAAAAAUGUAAUUCAUUUUAAUAUGCUUUGUGAAAAUUAUAAAAAUAUAUGAAUCUUAUGAGUUAUGACUUAUGAAUAAUUCUAUAUUCUAUAUUAUUAUUCUAUAAUCUAUAUUAUGUUUAUUUUACAAAUAAAUCUGUAGGUUCUGAUGCAGAUUAUGACUAUUGUCAAUCACAGUUAGAAAUGGUCACACUUUUAUGUGUCUCUGAUAAAACACAUAGCCAAUUAAUAGAACUGAUGCCUGAACGUUGUAGUAGUGGUACACAAGGAGCAGCCUCUUCUGCUUCCACCCGGGGAAACGCUGUGUCUCAAAAUAUUGAUUCUCUUGGACAAAAGUCUCCUCCAUCUCCUCGUGAUUUUGAAACUGUAUUGCAAGCUGUAAGUCUUAGUAGUCGAUAUAAUCUUAGUUUCUAUUAUAUAUAUUAUAUUGUUAUUUUUAUAUUGUACUGUUUUAAUGUGGAAGAAUUAAUAAUAAACAUAUUUUGUUGUAAACAUUUCUUACAAGGUGGCUGAGUACAAGAGACCUCAAUUUGAAGCAUCUGGGAAUAUGCAACAAGGCCUUUAUGUUCCUUUAGCACAUGUCUGGCGGGACCUGUAUGACCCAGUCCAUGUUCUUUUGAGAGCUGUUCAUAGGCGUGAUUUUCAAUCAUCUAUGGAUCGUUAUACAACUUUGUAUGUUAAAAACUUAUUUUUUAUUACAUACCUAAUAUAUUAUAAUUUACACUUACAUUUUAUAGCAUGCGUACUGUGGGAUCAUUACGACCUAAUGAAACCCCAUGGCCUCCAUUUAGAACUCCACAAAAACACCACCCGGCUUAUCGUGAUCCCCGCAGAGCAUUAUUGACUAAGUUGUUUCAAUCCGCUGCUUGGUUUUGUCUUUACCGCGCAGCUGUAUAUCGAGAUGUUAAUGAACAAACACUUAGUCUAUUAAUCCAUCUGCUUGAUCAGGCAUGGAUAUGUAAUGGUACUGUUGGAAAUGUGAACAAUAAAACUACAAAUCUACAACAUCAACCAAUGGAUAUAGAUCAGCAGACUAUAGAUUCUAACAUUAAAACUGAUGAAGAUAAAUUUCCAAAAAAGAGUAUUAAAGUUAAAUCAAUAGAUUAUAAGGCACAUCGAGUUGCACCACUUCUGUUGGAUCGGUGGUUUGAUAAUGAUGAUUUUGUGCAAAAUGUGUGUACAACUAUUACUUAUAUUGAAACUCCACCUUCAUUAUUAAAUUACUAUUUCGGCCCACCUCCUGCUGAAAAUGAAACAACUAAUGUGUCACAAAUGGCCACUAACUUAUUUGAAUAUUUUACAUCUUCUGUAGCAGCAGCUACUUCUGCAGCUACUUCUGCAGCUACUUCAGCAACUACUUCUUUUUCGUCUAUCACAGUCCACCAUAACUUUGAAACUGGUAAUAAUAAUAAUUAUUCAUAUUUUUAAUUUUAAAAUAUUGUAUUUAAAAAUGUAUGUUUUAUUCUUCUAAAUAAAAUUGUUUAUAGAGUAGCUAUAAUAAAUAGCAAGUCAUUUAAAAAUCAUCUAACCAUUUGUAUUCAACCAGGAGACAACCUUAAAAUAUAUUUUUUCAUUUUUAGCUUCCUCGCAAGAGUCACAAUUUAAUACUAUUCCAUCAUUAGUUAACAUUGCUGAAAUUCCAGAUAAUUCUGAUUCAGUUCAACCCAUUAAUAAUGAUGUUCAACCUUCUUCAUCUAAUCCUAAUGAAACAGUCACUGCUACAAAUUUUACUAGGGGUAAUUUACAUUAUGAUUAAAUUAACUUAUUGUAAUUAAACUUUUUUUUUUUCUUAUUUCUUGUAGAAUCUGCUUUGGCUAGGUUAAAAAGUCAAUUGCAAUUUCUUCAACAGCAUUCCCAGGAUGAACAUGUAAGUAAAAGCUAAUAUUUAUCAGAUUUUGAAUAUAAGAUAUAAAUGACAAUAUAAGAAUUGCAUGUCAUAUGUUUAAUGAGGGGUUCAUCUAAAUAGUUUACUAGUUUGAAUUAAAUGACACAUUAAAGGGAUAGAAUAUUAACUUUUGUGUUUCAAUAAUUUUACAUUUCAAAAUCUACUACAAGAUAUAUUAUGGUCAGUUUCUAUGUUCUAUAUUCAUAUAUUAAUUUUUUAAAUUAUACUAAUUAUUACUCUAAUACCAUUAAUAUAUUUUAAGAUUUCAUUUAUUACUAAAAUAGAUUGAUAUAAUAUGUAAUUAUUCCAUAGAAUUAAAAUUGUUAUAAACUUUUCACUAUUUAAAUCCUAAUAUUUCUAUAAAAAUUAAUUAUUAUAUUCAUUUUUUAUUUACAGCCUCGUCUACCUGAGGUACCUGAUGAUGUUGAUGAAUCACAAAAUUCAGUAUGUGCCAUUAAUGAAAGUAUCAUUUCAUUGCUAUUGAGAUUACAUUCGGAUUUAUCUGGUAAACCAGAUUCCUAUCAGCCUCCUAUACUUACACCGACAACCACAUUUGGUAAAGUUAGUGAUGAAGUGUCUGAAAAUAAUUAUACUUCGGGUGCAUCAAAUGCAGUAAAUGACCAUCUUCAAGAAGAACCUCAACCAUGCGGUGAUGGUCCAUUUUAUGUCAGCCGUUUGUUGGAUAGGAUGGCCAAAGGGUCUAGUUUAUGUUACGAAUGUAUAGUAUAUACUCGUUAUAAAUUAUGGCCAAAAUCUGUAGUUUUACGUGAAACAGCUACAAGGGAAAAUGAAGAGCGUGAAAAGCGUGAACGCAAGCGUCGUGCCCGUGAUAAACAACAGCAAAUGAUGGAAGAAAUGGCACGAGCUCAACGGGCAUUCCUAGAGAGUGCACGACUUUCUGGUGAUUUAGAUUCUAGCGGUCCAUCACCAGAAAUGCACUCUCCAUCUACUAGUAUUCCUAGUCCCAUUAAUAAUACUACUACAAACAUGGAAUGUGAGGAACUUAUGGGUACUGCAGAUUUAUCUACUGUGACCCCCUCUGGUAGUGGUUGUGCUUCAUUAUCUAAUGUUACGAUUGACACGGAUGAAAACAGUUCCAGUAGUAAUAGUAUAACAAAAGAAUCGGGUGCAAAAAUGAUUGGUCUUCAAAAUGAAUCAACCUUGACUGUAGAUUGUGUGAUUUGUAAUCAAACAGUACCUGUGAACGCAGAACAACAACACAAAGAUGCAAUUGGACUAGUAAUAUUGAUUCAGGUAUGUAUUUUAAUUUUCAACACAAAAUUAUGUACAAAUUUUAAUAUGGAAUAGCUUUGAUAGAAAUUAAAAGGGGCUUGUAUAGAUAAUUUUAGAUUCAAAGUGUAGUAAAUGAUCUAUUGAUUUGACUAUGAUGUGUGUGUAUUUUUUUUUAUCUGAAAAACUUUUCUAUUAGAAAAUUUGCUCUGAAGUAUAGAUUAUUGUAAUAUUUCUGAAAGAUUUUGGAAAUAAUAAAGAAUUAUUUACUAUAAGUAAAAUGACAAAUAUUACUUCAAUCAAAAAAUGACAAGAAAUUGAUUUUUUUCAUAGUUCUUAUUAACAUUUUGCUAUUGACAUUGUAAGUUGUUUUUCGAUAACCAAAGUAGUUUUGAAAAAUAUAAUAGAACUAACAGUAUAUUUUACAAAAAUAAUUCUUUUAUUAUUUUAAAUUUGAUUUUUUUUUUAAAUGUAAUUCAAUUUAAAAUACUCAUAGAGACUUAAGAUGUUGACAAGAAACUUCUAUUUACUUUUUCUAGAAGUUGUAAAGUUUUCUGAAUAUUUGAACAAUUUUUGAGAUACUUAUAGACAUUUAAAUUUUGGGAUAACUUUGUAAAUAAAUUUUAGACUUAGGAGAAAAUGCUUGAAAAUUUUAUAAAAUGUUCAUUAUAAAUAUUGUACUUAGUAGUAAAAAUAAAAUUGAGUAAUAUAGUUUUUUUUUUUUUUGCAAGUUAUAUAUAACUUAACUUUUCUCUAAAUUAUUUUUCAUUAUCAAUGGUUUAUCAUUAGUUACAGAUAUAAAUUAAAAAACUUUCUGUAUUCCACCUUGUAUCAUAUGUGUGCGUAGCUGAGUAUAAAAUUAGAAUAUAUGAAAUUAGAUUGUUAAAUAAUGUGAUAUGUAAAAAUCUUCACUAAGUACUCAUUAAAAUAUUAUAGUUAAUUAUCUUUCUCCUUUUCGUUUGGCUUCAUUUCAACUAUUUGCAAUCUGUAACACUUGUCUUAAACUUCCACUUGGCCCAAUCCCCCACAUAAACUUGCCAUCCUCAAUCCCACCCAGCCACUUCUUUUUGGUCUUCCUCUUUUUCUCUUUUAGAGGAUUAUGACCAUUUUCACACAAUUUUUACUGCUUCUGAUUCAUUUCUUAAUAACAUACCCAAACCAUUUCUGUCUAUUUUCUCUCAUUUUAUCCACUAUUAAUGGGACAUCUAAGCUACUUCUUAUGUACUCAUUCCUUAUCUUAUAUUCUGACAUUACUCCACUGAUCCACUUAAAAAUUCUCAUCUUUGCUAUGCUCACUUUCUAUUCUAUUUGUUUUCUAUAUUUUCUUUGUAUUCUAUUUGUAUCCCAACACUCCAAACCAUACAAUGUGUUGUCAGCCUCAUAACAUUUUAGUAGAACUUACAUUAAAAUUUCAUUAGAAUUCUCUUGUCACAUAAUUAAAACAUCUGACUCUUCUCUCUACUUUAUUUAACCACACAAAAUCCUAUGUUCACAUCCUCAGAAAGCCACUAUUAUUUUAUGUAAAAUAUCCUAGAUACUUAUAAUUCUUAACUUAGCCUAUUACUGCUUAUUAUUAUUAGCUGUCUUGUUCUGUUGUUCCAAACUCAUACAUAGCUCUCCUGACUUUUUUCACAUUUCAAUUGGUCUUACAGCUCACUACAAAUCCUCCCUCUUACUAAAUCUACCAAACCUUCAGUCUACUAAAAAUGCAGGGUUUGCUAUUAAUUUUGUAAUUUCACAAAAUAUUUCUUUCAUCUUGCUUUUAUAUCCUCAUCAUUCUUUAAUACCAUUUUACUAAACUUUUUAUCAUCAUAAUACUUUAUGGAAAUCCCAUUGACUGGUUUUCUCUAAUCUUGGCCAAUUGAUAACCUUAUUUUUCAUCUUCCUUAUUUCCUUGUCUCAUACAAUUCAUUAUAUUUCUUUAACUUUGCUUUGCUUAUCACCUUCUUAGCUUCCUUGCAAAGUCUUUUGUACUCUAUCCAAUCAACUCUCUUCCUGUUCUGCUACUAAAGCUGCUUAAAAAUUUAAUUGUUUUUUCCUACUAGCUAUAACUCGCUGAACUUCCUCAUCCCACCACCAAGUUUCCUUAUUCUAUGGUAUACUACUAUUCCCACCAACGAUCUCUUUUGGUUUACUUUUAAUACAAAUGACCAUCCUUUCCUACAUCUCGUUAUUUUUCCCUCAACAUUCCAUACAAUUCUUUCAUUUCUUGUAUUAGUCCUAUCAGAAUAUAUUAUUUUAUAACUCUCCUAUUACUUUUGCUUUCCUUUCCAUUUAAUGCAUAAUAAAUACUGGCUUCUAUCUCCUCUUUAACACUUCUACCAGUUAUUGUUCUAACAUUCCAUAUUCCUAUUCUUACCUUAUACUCAUCUAGAGGUACUAUGGAUAUAUUCUUAUCACCUCCUGCAGUGAGCAUUCAAAUAUUAAAAUAUUAGUAUUAUAUUUGUUAUUGUAAAUUAUUGACUAAUAAUAAUCAUAAUCAUAUUUAGGGUACAAGUAUAUUAGCACAUAGACGCCAUAUACUGAAUCAACCACGAAAGACAGCAAAUUUAAACAAUCUUGACAAAACUGAUGACAGUUAUUUAAAUAAUGAUGGUGUUAAUAACUGUGUUGAUGAAGAGGAACACAAUUAUUAUCAUUACUGGCCCACUUUGCCACCUUUGCAACACCAUUUGCAGGUAUAUGUGCCUAAAAAUAGGUCUGAUUCUGAGCGAAACCAUCAAUCAAAGAUUGAUAAUAGUGAUACAACUACAUAUGCAUCACAUUCUGAUAAACGCACUCGACUAAUGACACAAUAUUUUAAUGUGAGUUUUUUUCCUAUUAUUUUCUUAUUAUUAUAAUUCUAGCUAAGUAACUUAUUAAUCAUUUUUCAAAAUAUGUGUUCAUUUGUACAAUGAGAAUUUUUUAAAAAAAAUUGGCACAUACUUUGUUUAGAAGUUAUGGGGAAAACACUUCAAAAAUUGUUUUUCCAUAAUGUAAAUUUUUUUUAAAAAGAAUACUAAUCCUUAAUUCAUAAGUAAAUCAAAACUUACCUAUCAUACUAAAUUUACUUUUAAAGUUUUUGUACAUAAACAUUUGAAAAUAACAAUUUCAGAAUUAAUCCAAAUUGUGUUUAAAAAAUUGCUAAAUAGCCCAUACUCAGAGUUCUAGUUUACACUUAAGAGACUAUUCUCCUUGCAGAAGUAUAAAGUCUGUAUAGGUUUGGUGAGGUUGCUCAUACUGCUGUACAUUUUUUGAAUGAUUCACAGUAAUAAUUAUUGAAAUAAUUAAUCCACUACAGUAACGUGUACUUAAUAAUCACAUACUAAUAAAUAAUUAAAUUUAAAAAAGAUGUAUCUUAAAAAUACCAGUUUUAAGAUAUUUUUCAAAUUAGUUUUGUAAUAAUACUGAAAAUUUGAUAUUUCAAGGUUAAUGUACAAAAAAUAUAAAAGUACAUAUGAUAGGUAAGUUUUAAUUUUACUAAUUAAAACCAAAUUUUAUUGGAGUUCUUCCCUAUAGCUUCCAAAAUUUGAUUAUUUAUAUUUUGUGUAAACACACUUUUAUGCAGGAACUUAAAUUAUUAUUAAAACUAUUUUAAUGAUCUUGUUUUGCAAUUUAUUUUAGUUAGUAUUAUUUUUUAAAACAUAAUCAGCAAGCACUAAAUAUUGGCAUAAUUUUUCUUAUUAAUUUUCAUUGCAUUCAAAUUAUCAAUUAAUAAAUUAUUUUUAAGAAUUUGGAGAAGGCUGAUAUUGAAAUUGGAGCUGUUACUACAACUACUAGUACUAAUCCUAUUGGUGGAAAUUUACAAGUACAGACUUGUGGGCAUCACCUGCACUUGAGGUGUUGGAGUUCAUAUCUGUCAUCUUUACGUGGUGCCCAGCGGUUUAAUUCAGAUAGGUAUUUAAUAUGAAUUUCAACAUUUAUAUAUCAAUUAAAUGAGAUAAACUUGUUUAUUGCAGAGGUGAAUAUAGUUGCCCACUCUGUCGACAAUUGGCAAACUCCUUAUUGCCAUUAUUGCCAGUACAAGAACAUGAAAUGUCUUUUCGUCCAGGAGGCUGUGCAAAUGUUAUGGCACAAACCAUGACUGAAAUAUCAAAACUCAUUAAUCAACAACAAUGUGAAUCUUUGGUAGCUGUGGUUCCUAGUGAAAAUGAUCCCAACGCUGAAUCGUCUAAUUCAGCUGCAUCCACUAAUGAAAAUAAUGCUGAAAAAUUACCUGUUAGUUUUUAAAAAUUUCAAUGAUCUCAUAAAAUAUUAUUAAUAUAUAAAUAUUUAUCAUUACUUUAAUUUUUAAUAGGAUCCUGAUGAAAGGUUUGUUGCUGAAGAAGAAAUUGCCUCAGACAGUGGAGAUGAAGAAUACUUUGAAAUUGUGGAAGAUCAAAUAUAUAAUUUUAUUAAUAAAUGUAUAUGUGAUAUGGUAGUUAAAGCAGUAGCAACUCCAGCAGCUCAGCGAGAUAAGCGGUUCAAAGUAAAAUGGCAUAAUGUGAUAUCAAUUGCGUGGACAAAUAUUCAAGUGGAGUUAAUACAACGUAAUAACACACUUAUGGACCAAACAAGACAAGAAUGGUCUCCUACAUCACCUACAAAUCAGAAAUUGUCUGCUUCAACAAAUAUUACUAACACAGAUGGCAGUGUUAGCAGCAAUAACUAUUACAACAUGCUGCCUAAACGAAACUGCAUGAGUAUGUAUUCAAUUAUUUUUCCUUUUAACAUGAUCAAAAUGUUCCCGUGAAUAUUAAUUUAUUUAUGUAUAUACACAAUUCAAACUUAAAUUAUAUUAAUCUCUUUCGAAGUAUCAUCCACACCUACUCCAAUGAAUUUGCAACUGCUGGAAACAAUUGGCUCUAAGAGUAUCUUUGCCAUUAACUUUGAUGCCUUCAACAUUUAUAUUGAUAAAACAUUUUAAGAUUUAUGACAAGGAGCAUUAUCAUGGUGCAAAAACAAACUAUAUAUUUUUGAAUAAUUGAUCUGAAUAACUUCAACUUCAAUAUAAAAACCGCAGUAAACUGUCAUUUUAUACAAACUCCCCUGAUUUAAUUCAUCGUUGUUGAAAAAUGCAAUUAUGUAAAUUCAAUUGUAAUUUAACAACAUGUAAUUUUUUUAGCUUUUUAUGUCAUUUUUAUGACUGCAAUUUUUUUUCUGAAUCAUAAGCUCUGAUUAAAAUGUAUGGCACAGAUUUCCCAAAAAUCAUUUAUCAAAACAUGUUAUAUUAAACCAUAUGAUAUACUCCUAUUUUAUUUGCCCUAUCAUGAAUAUGUAAACUAAUUAUAUUAAAUUCUGAACUUUAUGACUGUUCUAUCAUAUUUUUGAAAUUGAUGGUCCACCACUUCUUUCUUUAUCUUCAAGUGACUAUUAACUUUUUUUUUAAAAUGUUUAAUUCUAUGAUAAAUAAUUGUUUUUUUAAUGAUUCAUCAUAGUAAACAAUACUCAAAUAUUUUAGUUUUUCUGAAGCGGUUUUCCCAAGUUCUCAUGAUUAAACCUAGGGAAGCUCAAUUUUAAUUCCAGUAUCAUAAAUGCUAUAAGAAAAAUAAUUUUUCUUUGAUAAAUAAAUUCUUAGUACUUUUUGAUCUUAUGACUUAACGAUUUUAUGUUAUUUCUUAUUUUAAUUAAUUAGGGUUUGGAUUUAUAAAUGUUUUUUAAGAUAUUCAAAUAUUAAUUAUACUAAAUAUUAAAAUAAUAUGCAAUAUUAUUAUUACAAAUAUGUAAAACCUUGUGGAUUUUAUACAAUAAUAUAUUUUUAAAAUCUUGUAUUUUAAAAUAUAAUUUAAAUUUACAAUUUAAUAAUUAUUAAAUUAUUUAUUUAUGCACACUUGUUAAAAUAAACAUUUAAUUUAAAUUAUAGCUCCAUUAUUAAAAGACUUGGGUGUAACUGCACGAGCAUUGCUGGCAAAACAACAGACAAAGACUUACAAUCCACUUUCUGAUAUUUGGUACAAAUUGGUAGGAUUAGAAACGCCAAAACAUUGUUAUAGUGCUCAACCACCAUUACUAUUGCGUGAUCCAUGUAGCAUACUUUUACAAAUGGUGUUAUUAUUACCUAAUAUUGACAAUGGUUUGUAUAAUUUGUAUUUUGUUGUUCUUAACUUUUUUGUAUUGAGUUUUUUUAUUAUUUAUUAUCAGUGGUGUAACUGGGAUUUUUCUUUUUCAAAUGAUUAUCAUAAUAAAACAAAAUUGACUUUAUUUUAUGUUUUAAAAGGAAAGUAUGAUAAUUUGUUACAGUACAGAAUAAUAAAUUGGAAAUUUCAAAAUUUGUUUUAAAAUGUGAUAAAUUUAUAUUGGAAUGAAAUUUAUGCAAUUAAUAAACAUUAAAAAAAAAAAACAUUCCGGUUACCUCCCAUUGACUAUUUCAUUAAAUAAUAUUAAUAUUACAUGAAUUAGUAAUAUGUUUUAAACUUUUUAUUUAUAGAUAUGUUUGAUACUUUGGUCAGACUUACAUAUAAUAUGCAAGUGUAUUCAUCGGCAUUGAAAGUUGCUAUUACAUGGCCUCAUGAUUGCAAUUACAGCCAUCAACUUCGUGAAUCCUACAAAAAGCGUGGUCGCUGUAAGACAAAUAAACUGAUAAAUACUACAAACAAAAUUGGUUCAGGAAAUAGUGGAUUUAACAAAAUGGAUAUAGAUGAGAGCUUUUUUGAAGAUGAUGAUACAUCUGUUUUGUUUUCACAAGCUGUAUCUUUGGCUAAAAAAAUAGUUUUCUUAUCACAAGAUGAUAUUAAUGUAGAAGAUGUUGAUGUUGAUGACCAGGAAGUAAUUGAGGAUCCAAUAACAUCUAUUUCUGAGGAUGAAGACAAAAACAUGUUACUUCUGGAAACAUAUGGAAGACAAUGUACUCUGCCCUUUUUACGGUUUGCUGCAUUGUUAAAAAAUUAUACAUAUUAUGGAGAUAAUCACUAUAAUCUAGAUGUUAAAGGCGAAUCGAAGACAAUAUCACCAUUGCAACAACAGCAGCAGCAAAAUAACUUAAAUGUGGAACAUGGAAAUAGAGAACAAUUUGUAGAUGGGGAGACAUAUAGACUUGAUCAGUUUAUGAAACAUUCAAGGCAAGCAAAAUAUUCCUGUUGGUCUCGAGAUGAUCACGAAUUUCUAUUGCUUGCACAAUAUUUAAAGCUUUUAAAUACUACAAAUGAGCAUGAUAGAAAAUCUUACAAUUCCUAUGAAGAACAAAAUGAUGGUAACGUGAGCAAUGUUGAUAUUAGACUGUCUUUGCAGCCUCCUUCUGCUAUGGAAGCAGUAAUUUGGCCUCAAUGGUCAUACUCGAAUACUGAUGUAGAUUAUCGUGCAUCCAAUAAAAUUUCACACACUUGGCUAAUGGCUUUCCGUGAAGCAUUAUUAAUUCCUAGAAAUGUCGUUAUUGCUCAAAACAUGAGCACUGUUGUAUCUUCAGCCGCUGCAAAAUUUAUUUCCAAUUCCAAUGCCUCUUCUACAACUAAUAUAUUAAUGGCUGCACGCCUUUUAUUCGCUGUCGAUUGUUGUAAUAGUAGUGGAACUACUGCUGAUGGUUUGAUUUUAAAAAAUAUUUUACCAAUGAUCAAUUGGAUGGGCCCUCGGUUAUUGAGAUUGCCGCAUCUAUAUGAUGACGUGUUCCAAUACUAUCAUGGCAUGGCUUGUCAUCGAUGUCUUGGAAUACCUCGUGAGACCAGUGUAUGUUUGUUGUGUGGAACUGUGGUGUGCCUGAAAGAAAACUGUUGUACAUCAAGUGGAGUUUUUGAAGCAGUACAAGUACAUACUUUAUACACCUUUAUAAUAAAUUCAAAUUAUUUUAAUAUGUGGAAUAAUUCUAUUUUUUAGCACUCAUUGGAAUGUGGAGGUGGUACAAGUAUGUUUUUGGUGGUGACUUCUAGUUCAGUAGUAGUAAUUCGUGGUAAACGGGCUUGUCUUUGGGGAUCAGUUUAUUUAGAUGCAUUUGGUGAAGAAGAUCGUGAACUCAAGUAAACAUUAAUUUAUUAUUUGCUAUUUACUUAAUUUGAUAUUGACUUAUUAAUGCAUUAAUUGUUUUUAUUAAACAGACGUGGAAAGCCAUUAUUCUUAAGUGCUGAACGUUAUAGGCUGUUGGAACAUCAAUGGUUAGCACACAGAUUUGACCACACAAACAAGAAAUGGGUAUGGCACAGAGAUGCUUUGUAAACUAUCAUGAUAAUUAUUAUAAUCAUACUGGCCUGGAUAGACAAAUUAUAAAUUAUAAUAAUAGUCUAUAAUUGCAAACAGUAAACGAGUAUGGUAUCAAUGAUUACCAAGUAUGGUAUCAAUGAUUACCAAAUUUGUAUAAUGUUGUGAUAUAAUGCCUAACUCUUAAAUGUUCUAAUUCCUCAGUCACAUAUUGAGCUGAAACAAUUAUUUUUUAUUAUUAUUAUUAUUAUUAUUAUUUUAACCGUUUUUAUUUACAAGUAAACUAUUAUUAUAAUUAUUAUUAUUUGAUUACAAUUAUUAUCAUACAAGUAUGUAUAAAAAUAAAAAUUAGUUUAUUUAUGUGAUUUUUUCAUUAUAGAAGUGUAUCAUUAGGUAGUAUUCAUUUUUAUAAUAUUUUUGUUUAAUAUUGAUUGAAUUACUACAUAUUAUUCAUAUGCAGUGUUUACUUACCUAUUUUUAUUAUUACAAUUGCAUUCUAUCAUUUAUUGUUGUAUAAACUGUGCAACAAGCACAUAUCCACCUACACACACUAAUGGUUUAUGUGAUUAGGUAACAAUAAUACUAUAUUAGUAAUGCAUAGAUUCUACUUUUUAGACUUAUAAAUGUCAUUUAUUUAAUAUAGUUAGAAUUUAAUUAUACUACAAUACUAUUUUAUUAUAUAAUCUUAAUAUGUGUGAUUGAGAAUCGUAAGAAAAUGUUCUGUUGAUUGUUAACUUUAGUAUACUCUUUCCACUUAAUAAUGAUUUUGUAUUAUUUUAUCUUUUAUGGUAACUAAAUUAUUUUCAUCUUCUACGCUUAAUGUUUACAUGUUAUUGUCAACUUUUUUUCUACCGAACAACAAUGCUAAUAUUAUUUUAGCAAUAAUGAUUUGUACACCAUAUUAAAUAUUCAUUUUAGUAGACAGUAGUUUUUUGUUUCUUAUUGUAAAAAUAUAUGAAAAAUAUAUUAAUUAUCUUUUAGAACCAUUAGAUUUUAACAUAAUGCUAGAUAAUAAAAAUAAUAAUAACCUCUAUA